AUGCCGGGGUUUCCCUGCAGCAUUGACACCAUUUCAAGCAGAACCUUCGAGUAUACACUUGACACUGAACCUGAUACUGACAAUCACACUGACAAUCACACCAACAAUCACACUGACAUCAGUAAGAAGAUACGGCCAAAGGUGGGGAAGAUACUGUCAGAUGAGGCCGUGCUGUUUCUCACUGGUCCUCUGUCCACCAUCUUCAUUCCAUCUUUCUACACAGUUGUCUGCCUCCUCAGUGUCCCUCUCAAUGCCAUCGCCAUAGUAACCUUCGCUCUGCAGAUCAAGCCCAAGAAACCAGCAGUGGUCUACAUGUUGAAUCUGGCCUGUGCUGACCUGCUCUUCGUCAUGCUGCUACCUUUCAAAUCUUCACCAUUUAAUGGCAACAACUGGACACUCGGUCCCUCUGUUAUGCCGCGUGGUCACGGCAGCUUCUACUGUAACAUGUACUGCUCCAUCCUCCUCAUAACCUGCAUCAGUGUGGACCGCCUGCUGGCUGUCGUCUAUCCCAUUGAAUCUCUGUCUUGGAGGCGUCCACAGGUUGCCAUCACAGCCUGUGUGUUCAUGUGGGUGUUGGCCUUGGCGGGCUCGGUGCCCCUCGUCCUCUCAGAGCAAACUGUUGAUUUACCAGAUUUGGGCAUCAUCACUUGCCACAAUAUCCAGCGUGUGGAUGAGAACCGAUGGUACUAUAAGAUCUACUUUAUCACCAUCUGCUGCACCUCGUUCUUCCUGCCUCUGCUCAUCACAGCAGCUUCCUACACUCGAGUCAUCUGGACGCUAAGCAGGGUCCCACAUGGAGUUGAAGGACGCUCACGCAGAAAGACAAGAGCCCUGGUGUUGGCUUUAACAGUGCUGGUGAUAUUUGUGCUCUGUUUCACCCCAACAAACUGUCUCCUGCUGGUGCACUACCUGCACUUUACUGAUGGUGAGAGUGCAGUCGGCUCUGAGGCACGUGCCAGAACCUAUGCAGCAUAUCUGGUCUGCAUGUGUUUGGGAAGUCUGAACUGUUGCCUGGACCCGCUGGUUUACUACUUUGGAUCGUCCCAGUUUCAAAGAAAAGUGUCUAGUGCACUGAGAUGUCAGAAGGUUUCAGAGAUGUCUUCAUCCAGAUCCACUAGCAGAACAUUCUCAAGACCAACAGCCAAAAUUUCCUAA